AUGGCCUCGGCUGGUGAAGGCGGCAAGCCGGCUUUGCAGAAGCGGUCGGUUGUCUCCUCCUUUCUUUACAAGUUCGUCGACGAGAACGGCGAGCGCAAGGCCAAGGUCGCUCUGUUCAAGCGGAGUGGUCAAGUGCGUACGUAUCAGCAUCGCUGGGCAGUGGUAUCUGGCAGCAUUGACCCCGAAGAUCCUUCGCCUCAAGCGGCAGCCUGGAGAGAGAUUCAUGAAGAGACAACGUUGACACCGUCUUCCCUUGAGCUCAUGCGCCAGGGCAAGAGCUAUGUCCUGCCUGAUGAAUCUAUCGGCAGAGAGUGGACUAUCUACCCCUUCGCCUUCCGGCUGAAGGAGAAGGGCGAGGGUGGCAAGGGCGAGAAAGCGAUCCAACUGGACUGGGAACAUGACAGUUGGGCAUGGUAUGACCCUUUCGAGGUUGAGGAUUCAGAAAGAUUUGGCGCUGUGCCGCGCCUUGCUGAGAGCUUGCGCCGGGUCUGGUUCGAAAAGGAUCUAGGUCUCGAAGCCGGUGCUGUGCUCACGAGCGGGCUUGAAAGACUCAAGAAUGACCACCAUUCUGGUGCACGGCAGCUAGCCGGCAAUGCCCUCGAGAUUUUGCGCGAUAUUGUCGCCAAGAUGGACACGCACCAGCCAUCUGAGCAGUGGUGGACUCGAGUUCGAUUUGCCUCGUGGCAUAUUUGGAAGAAUGGCCGUGAAUCAAUGGGGGCAGCUGUGCUGAGUGCCUUGCUGUCUGCUCUGAGUGGCAUCGAGAGAAGGAUCCGACAGCUUCAAGACAAACCAGUGGUUCAAUGGAAAGACGCUGCGGUCGAAGAGCUAGAUCGUGUGAUCGUUUCCAGGCAAGACGCGGCCAGGGCGAUUUCCACUACCUUCGCCAACUUCUUGAAAGAGCAAAUGAUAACCAAGCCUGGGCGGGCUCGGCCGGUCAAAGUGCUAACCCUCUCUGAGAGCUCCACAAUCACGUGUGCGCUCCGCGAGGCCAUCGCAAAUACUGAAAUAUCACUGGAUUUGCGCAUCCUGGAGUCACGGCCACUGUUUGAGGGCGUGUCUCUCGCCAGCAGUCUGGCAAGACCAGUACGUCCACCUCAAGCGUCGACAAAGGAGCCCACGAGCGAUGCUGGGCAACCUCACAAAGACACCGCCCCGAAACUUGCGUGCACGCUGUUUACGGAUGCGUCUUCGGCCCUUGCUUCGGAUGAUGUGGACAUUGUCCUGAUAGGUGCGGAUAGGAUCGCGGAGACGGGAGCAGUCAGCAACAAGACAGGCUCACUGCCUGCGAUCCUCAGCGCUAAGCAUGUCUCGCCAAAAGCAAAGAUAGUUAUCGUAAGCGAGACGGAAAAGGUCGCAACGCCAGGGGCUGCAGCGGCCCAUGUUGUGGAAAACAAUAACCCCGCUCAGCUGAUGCACGCUUGGACGGCGGGCUUCAAUAGCGAGAGAAUCAGAAAUGCCGCGGGUACAAUACCCUCUGGCGCUGGUGGUGAUACCGUGCAUCCUUCUGCAUAUGGUACACAUCAUGACUCCUACAAUGGUAGCAACGAUGUGGUCGAAGUACACGUUCGCAACGUGUUCUUCGAGUGGGUACCCCCAGAUCUUGUCGAUGUCUACAUCACUGAGCGAGGCCAGUUGACAGUGGCAGACAUAGCAAAGCACUCUGAGACACUGGGCACUGAAGAGGAAAGAUUCUUCCGGGAUAUCUGA